AUGAGUGACGAAGCAUCUCCCGACUACAAACUAAAACUCCUGGAUGUUGCAUUCAAGACAUGCAUGAUCAAAGUGGAGAGUGGCAUCUUAAUCAAUCAUGCAGAAAUUUUGAAAGACACGACUGCAAAGUACCCCUUGUCAAGAACAGAAGUUCAGAUGUCAACAUGUCCGAGCGGAAGUGGAAGUUUUAUCUGGCAAAACGUGUGGUCAAAUAAUCUCCCCACCAAAGCUUUGUUUGCAUUCGUCAAGCAGAACGCGGUGAACGGCGAUUACACCAAAAACCCUUUCAAUUUCGUAAAUCUAGCUUCUGAAGUUGCUUUGUACAUCAAUGGAGAAAGUAUUCCUGCCCGACCAAUGAAAAUGGAUUUAGGUGCCAAUAGAGGUUAUGUCACACCGUUCGUUAACCUAUUCGAAGCUGCAGAGAAAUGGAACAAAGAUGCAGGACUUUUCAUAGAUAGAACCAAUUUCGGAACAGGUUUUGCCAUUUAUGCCUUUAACAUUGCACCUAGCGACCUAGGAGAAGAGUACUUAAACCUGGUACGACAGGGAAGUGUUAGAUUGGAAGUUAAGUUCGGUACGAAUACAACUGAAGUCCUGAAUUGCAUUGCAUAUAGCGAGUUUCCAGCUUUGUUAGAAAUAGAUCAGACCAGAGACGUGAAAUACACCCAAGUAUGA